AUGCGCGUCCUGCCGGCACUCGCUCGCCGUGCGUUCUCAGCUACUGCGGCUUCGCGCGCAAAGGGCCCGAUCAACAAGGACCACCAUGUGCUCGAGUACAGCGCAGAUGUGUUCCCCCUCGGCUACGGUGUGGCCGGUACCCACUGCGGCGUGAAGAAGAAGGCUGGCGUGCUGGACCUCGGCAUCCUCGCGUCGACUUCAGAGCGGCCCACCGCUGCCGCUGCGUGUCUCACGCGCAACGUCUUCAAGGCGGCACCCGUUACCGUUACGACCGAGCUGCUCGCCCAAGGAAACGGGCGUGCUCGCGGCUUCGUCGUCAACUCGGGCUGCGCGAACGCCGUGACUGGCAAAAAGGGGCUCGCAGACGCGUGGGCAAUGUCCAACGCGCUGACCUCGGGUCUUCCCGAGUCGGCGGCCAAGGGCGCUGGCUCGUUUGUGAUGUCGACCGGCGUGAUCGGGCAGCACCUCCCAAUUGACAAGAUUACGGGAGCGAUCCCCGGCCUCAUCGCCGACUUGCACUCUACACCCAAGGCAUGGCUUGACCUCGCCAAGGCCUUCAUGACGACCGACACGUUCCCAAAGCUGCGCGCUCGGUCCUUUGAGCUGGCUGGCCGCACCGUCCGACUUGCGGGUAUUGACAAGGGCGCCGGCAUGAUCGCACCCAACAUGGGCCCUCCCCAGCCUCCCCACGCAACCCUGCUCGGUGUCCUUGCGACUGAUGCUGCUGUCUCUCCCGCCGCCCUCCAAGCCGCCCUCACCUAUGCCGUGGACCGCUCGUUCAACUCCAUUAGCGUGGACGGCGACAUGAGCACCAACGACACGAUCCUCGCCCUCGCCAACGGCGCCGCAUCCCCUGACCUCGCCGAGAUCACCGAGGCGUCUCCCGAGUUCCCUGUGUUCCGCGAGCAGCUCGCGGACUUUGCGGCCGAGCUUGCGCAGCUCGUUGUCCGUGACGGUGAAGGCGCCACAAAGUUUGUGACUGUGCGCGUGCGGAACGCGCCCGACUUUAACGUGGCAAACACUGUCGCCCGCUCAGUCGCCAACUCGAACCUCGUUAAAUGCGCAAUGUACGGCGAGGAUGCGAACUGGGGCCGUAUCCUGUGUGCGACUGGCUACGCCGACGUGCCGGCUGGCGCGAUCGACCCCUUCCGCGUCAGCGUGACCUUCAUCCCCUCGGCGACGUGUGCCGACCAGUCCCCACUGCGCUUGCUCACAAAGGGCGAGCCCGAGGCGGACAUUGACGAGGCGCGCGCAUCCGUCAUCCUCGCCGAGGAGGACCUGGAGAUUGACAUUGACCUUGGGAACGGCGAGGCUGAGGCACAGUUCUGGACGUGCGACUUCAGCCACGAGUAUGUGACGAUCAACGGUGAUUACCGCUCGUAG